AUGAAUUGCAAGGAUUGGAACAGUAGAGAUAGGAUUAGACUGUUUGAAGCAUAUCCAUGGGGAAGAGUAGCCUUCCAACAUCUAAUUGAAUCAAUCGUUCAAGCUAAGCCGGAUUUGAGCAACGACUCAUAUUCUGUCAACGGCUUUGUCCAAGUAUUGCAGGUGUGGGCGUAUGAAGCUAUUCCUGCGAUUGGUAAGAAAUGUGGAAACCCAAGGAAAGAUAUGAUGGAGUNUCCACCACUCUNGAGAUGGAAGGGAUCGAGAAAAAGAUGUAAAUUUGAUCUUCCUCAAUACAGAGAAGCGGUUUUCGUCAAAGGUGUUAUGGAAAAUGUUAUGGAGGAUUUAUGGGCUAAUGAAGUGCAAGAUGAGGAGGUAGAUAGUAUGUUGUUGCUUAUAUCUGGAAGCUCGGAUCAAGCCUUUGAGAAACAUUUUUGGGAAGAUAAAGGACUGAUAGAUGGAGAAGAUGAGCAAAUAAACAAUGGAGAAGGUAUGUCUAUGAAAAAGAAACAUAUAUCAAAAGUGACAGCUGGCAACAACCAUGACGUCCUGAAGACAUACUUUGCAUCUACAAUCGAGCNAAUGGCAGAGAAGCUACAAAAAGAGAUCUCUACCCACGUAGAUGGUGCUGUUAAGAAGAUGGAAUCAAGAAUGGACAACAUUGAAGAAGGCAAAUAUCAAAGGAGUAGAUGA